CCCAGCAGCACGGCCCCUUUAAGAGCAAGGCCCGCCGCUGCUCUCGUGUGAGCUCCUGUACGCACGCGCAAUUGCGUCUGAGCAGCUUUCGUGCCCUCUAGGCGUUCGGGAGGCUGGUGGCGAGGAGCAAUGGGGCUCGGAUCGAACUCCUCCGUGCGGGUUGAAUGGGUUGCUGCAAUCUCGUUAGCUGCAGGAGCAGCUGCUGUUGGAUAUUUAGCAUACACAAGAUUCCUCUCUAAAGACAAAUGCUGCAAGGCAAUGGUAAAUCUCCAUAUACAGAAAGAUAACCCAAAGGUAGUCCAUGCAUUUGAUAUGGAAGAUCUGGGAGACAAAGCUGUGUAUUGUCGUUGCUGGAGAUCUAAGAAGUUUCCAAUGUGCGACGGUUCUCACACAAAGCACAAUGAUGAAACUGGGGACAAUGUUGGGCCUCUGAUCAUCAAGAGAAAGGAAGCAUAAACUGGAUGGUUUGAGGCUAUGAUUUGUCACGUUAUCCGCUUAUUUGUAAUUGGAGUAAAGAUAAGUUCUUAGUCAUGUCACUGAAGAUUUUUGGGUGUGGUACAAAGCAGGCUCCAGCAUGUAUAUUUCAUGGUACUUGCCUUGUUUUAAACACUACAUAUGUAUGUUAAAUACUCAUGUCUUAAGGCUAUUUCUGUCUCAAUGAAAAUGUACACACAGUUCAUAAGUAUGAAAUUAAAGUGACAAUUGUGCUCAGAACUGUAUGAAGAUAAUAUAUUAAAUUAUUUUCAAAUACUUUUGUUCUAUUGGAAGAUUAUCUUUAAGUAGAAUAACUUCCUUAGUGAAUAAUCUUUUUAAUCUGAAACUACAGAAAAGGUGACUGACAUUCAGAUGCAAAUGAGAUUCUGUUAAAGGCAUUAAUGGCAGAAAAGAAAUCAUGGUGCCAAGUGCAUGAAAUGUAACUUACCAUAUCCACAAAGUGUAGUGCAUACAGUGAUUAAGAAUAACAUGCUGUUUAAGACAGUUGUACGUUAUGUCAAUAAAAAUCCAUUAUAAGAACAAAAA